GUGUAGUCUUGCCGCCGAAUUUAGUCCGCGUCGGUGAUCGCGACGGAAAAUGUAUUGAUUUAAGGCUACAGUUAAUAAAAAUAAAGGAAAAAAGUAAAAAAUUAAAUUUUUUCAUCUUCUUAUGAUUUAUUUAAACUUUAUUUUUAAGAGUCAAUUUAAUUAAAUUUAAUAUUUAAUUUUUUAAAUAUUUAAAUAAUAAAAAAUAAAUUAAUUCCAAAAUGCUUGGAUUAGGAGAUAUGGCGAAACGCGCCUCCCGUCGUGCAUCAAUGCGACGUGGUUCCAUUUCAGCGUUACCAACAAAAACACAUGAAAUUCCAUGGGAUGUUUUGGAACGUUUAAUAAUGCCAUUUAUGUUUUGUCAUGCUGCUGCCAUCAUCCUUUCAGUAAUUUUACAUAGUUUUGAAAUAUCAACAGCAUCAACAUUUGCAAUUUUCUUAUGGUUUGCAAUUGCUACAGUUGGUGCCGUAUUAUUUUAUCAUUUCGUAAAGAUUUCAUCUUCAGGUAAAGGUGUACUUAUUACUGGUUGUGAAACUCCAUUGGGCUGGUAUUUGGCUAAAAAAUUGGAUGAUAUUGGUUUCACCGUUUAUGCUGCUUUCAGUAACGAUUUGGAAGAUAAUGAUGAAGCACAAAUUUUAAAAGAAGAAACUUCUGGACGUACAAAACUUUUACAUCUUGACAUUACUGAUGAAACUUCUUUGGUAAAAGGAGCUCUUUACAUUUCUCAACAUUUACCAUAUGGUGCUGAUGGUUUAUGGGCUGUUGUCCAUACUAUUAAUUGGGUUGCACUUGGUGAAAUUGAAUGGGUUCCAUUUGCUGUAUUAAGACGGUCAUUGGAUAUUAAUUUAUUAGGCUCUGCUCGUUUGACUCAAAUUUUAUUGCCACUUAUUCGUCGUGCCGGCGGUCGUAUUGUUUUCUUAACUUCUGGUUUAAAUAGAAUUCCAGCUCCUGUACGUGGUAUUCAAAAUGCAACUCAUGCUGCUGUUGAAGCUUUAGCAGCAUCAUUAAGACAAGAAUUACGUCCACGUGGUGUUGAUGUAUCUGUUGUUGCAGCUGGUGAAUUCCAACCUGGUAAUGCUUGGUUAAAUGAAACUGAUUUACGUGAUGAAGCUAAAAAAAUGUGGCAUCAAAUGUCUGAUGAACAAAAGAAAACUUAUGGCGAUGACUAUUAUGAAGCUGCAAUGACUUCCGUUGAAAAAUCAUAUCGUGUUUUUGCUGAUAUUCAACCAGCAAUUCGUGUUGCAAUUGAUGCUGUUUCACGUACUUUCCCAAUGGCACGUUAUACACCAGUUACUGUACCAGAAAGGAUUCAAAUGUUUAUUGCUGAACAUUUACCAUCCUCUGUAUAUGAGAUCAUUUUUCAACGUAAAUAAAUAAAUUUUUUGAAAUUAACAUAAUAUUUUUUUUUUUAAAUAUGAAUCAAUAUAAUAACAACAGUAAUACAACAAGAUUCAAUUAUUAUUAUUACUGUAAUAUUCAUUAUUAUUUAAAUAACAUCAUAAUAAUUUCAAUUAAAUAUUAUGCAACAACAAUGAAAAUAAUUCUCCAUAAUUACUGA